GCCGGAGUCGGCUAGAAGGAGAGUUUGAUAUUUGGCUUCUCACCUGUAUUUAGACCAUCUACUCUCAAUUGAUCAUUCAGUGCAUAUAUACAGUUGUUUGAAGAGCUGUUGGCACACGGAGACUCCUGCUCUAAUAGCUAUUAUCGGCUUCAUCACAAUAUCAUAAGUUAACCCGAGGUUGAUCGUCCGGUGUUAAGCUUCUUCACGUCCCUGGAGUCCAUAUUGUCAAUUCUUCCUUAUGUCAUCCCGAUCAUCUCUACUCCGGAUAGCGGUGCCUGUCCUACGGUGCUCAUAUCGCCCAGCCUUCAACAUGCCUCUCCGAGCGAAAGUCCAGAGUUCCGCAAUGCCGCAGACACGGAGAUACGCUUCGAUGCAGGAGCUCAUCAAAGAGCAACCAAACGAUGACCUCGAAGACGUCGUAUUCACGAACCAGUAUGGACUACGACUCAUCGAACUCAACCGGCCGAAAAAGUUGAACUCGCUAGAUGGAUCGAUGGCGCGAAAAAUUAUACCCCGCCUAAGAGAAUGGGAGAAAUCAUCCAUGGCGAACGUGGUAUUGAUCAAAGGUGCCGGACGAGCCUUCUGUGCCGGUGGUGAUGUCGCAGCCCUCGCGAAGUGGAACAAAGAAGGCCCAGCAGGUCAGCAAAGGUCGAAAGACUACUUCGCGGUCGAAUACGGGCUUGAUCAUAUGAUUGCGACGUAUGGCAAGCCGUAUAUUGCAUUCAUGGAUGGCAUCACGAUGGGCGGGGGCGUUGGGUUGAGCAUCCACGCCCCGUUCAGGAUCGCGACCGAAAACACCGUGUUCGCGAUGCCGGAGACGACCAUCGGAUUCUUCCCAGAGGUGGGAGCGAGUUUCUUCCUGCCGAAGAUGGACGGAAAUUUGGGAACAUACUUGGCUCUCACGAGUGAGCAGCUGAAGGGCGUUGACGUUUUCUAUCAUGGCGUCGCAACUCAUUUCAUGCACUCGACAUCCUUACCCGAACUCGAAUCACGGCUUGCCGAGCUCCAGUUCAAAGACUAUACGUCACUCCAGGAACGUUACCAGAUCAUCAACGCAACCAUCGAGGAGUUCAACACCGGUCUACCCAGUCCACGACCAUCCAUCACCGGACAGCAAAGACUGAUCAUCGACACCGUAUUCAACCCGAACCACAAGAUAUCCUCCGUCCUUUCUGGCCUCGAAGCCAUCACGAACGAUUCAAACUCCUCCGAGGCCAUCAAGAAGUGGGCUGCCCGAACCACCGCGACCAUCAACGAGCGCUCCCCCACCUCCGUCGCCGUCACCCUUGAGCAAAUGCGCGUCGCCCGCACCUGGGACAUCGCCACCGCCUUCCGCAUGGAACACGCCAUCGCCGGCGUCUUCAUGGCGCACCCGGACUUCGUCGAGGGCGUCUCCGCCCGGCUCAUCGAGCGCAAGAAGACCCGCCCCGACUGGAAGCCCAACACCCUACCCGAGGUCUCCGAGCAGCAGGUGCAGAAGUUCUUCAACGCGGAGCCGGAGCUCGAGCUGCUGGUGAACCGGAAGGAGUCGUCGUUUGUGGAGUAUCCGCAUAAGGAUAUCGGUCUGCCGCAGGAGAAGGACAUCAGGCAGGUCGCGAAGGAAGGACGGUACAUGGGCGAGGAGAUCGUGCAGCACUUUUUGGAGAAGAAGAAGCAUAAGCAGGGGGUGCGAGAGAAGGUUGAGGAGGUGUUGGAGCGGAUCGCGUUGGAGCAGUAGCUUCCAUCUGAGCUUGUGAGUCUGUCAUUAUGUACGAUUGAAUAGAACAGGACAAUGUAAAGUGGCUAGAUAUUGGGUUAUUCAUCAUGGUAGGGCUCAAUAUUGUUCCUAACCGCGGAUUCUUCAAUAUGCCAUGGUGGCUCUACUGGUGUUUCGGCUGGACAUUAACUGAAAUCUUCAACAAUGAAAUGGUUCUAUACCAUGCACUAUAUCCCCC